AUGACUAUAGAACAAACAGCUGUUUUGAUCCAAGACGUUAAGUCCCCAUUAAUUCUCAAAAGUGUUGGGGUUCCUGAGAUAGGGCCAAAGGAAAUAUUGGUGCAAAAUAAAGCGAUUGGGUUAAACCCGAUUGACUGGAAAAGUAAGAAGUACAAUUUUGCUAUUCAUAGUUUACCUUGGAUAAACGGAAGAGAGAGUUCGGGUAUUGUUGUAAAAACCGGUGUGGAUGUUAAGGAAAUCAAAGAAGGAGACAAUGUCAUUUUAGUAAGCACUAGCUAUAGAGAUUUAAGAACCAGUACCUUUCAGAAUUAUAGUGUCAUCGAUUACAGAUUGGCAAUCAAACUCCCCAGUUUUUUAAGCUUUGAAGAAGGGGCAACAAUUGGGGUGGGGUUAAUCACUUCUGCUAUCGUCUUUUACGAUAGUUUCAAAGUCGACUUCAAUUCCACAUUCCAAGAUAAAGCCAUUCUUAUUUGGGGUGCUUCCACCGUUGUUGGCUUGUACUUAAUUCAAAUAGCCAAGAUACAUGGGCUUCGGGUAUUAGGUGUUGCCAGUUCCGGAUAUGAGGAAUAUUUAAAAGAACGAGGUGUGGAUGUUUUCGUCGAUAAGGAUAACGCCCUUGACAAUAUCAAAACUGAGGCUCGAAAGGAACAAAUUCUAUUUGCAGUUGACUGUGUAGGUGAACAAACAUCCUACUCGGUAUUGCAAAUUUUGGAAAAUCACAGGCACUCCAAAUUUGUUGGAAUUGUGAAAACUCCGAAAGUUCAAACUCAUGUCGAAGUCAAUCCUGUUCUGAUUAAGAGAUUUCAUGAAGAUGUCCCUUUUGGUUCCAGAUUAAUAGAAAUAAUCUCCAAGUAUUUGAACUACAAACAAGUCAAUCCUACGAAAGUGAAAGUGUUCAAUGGUUUGGAUUCGAUUCCAGAAGCUUUAACCCGUCUUGAAAAGGAGGGUGCAAAAGCUGAGAAGUAUGUAAUCUCCAUUGUAUAA